CCCAGAUUCUAGCCCUCAAAAAUAAAAAUAAAAAGCAUGUGUUCCUUGAUCAAGGCAAUUCAUUUGUCAUUGGCAAUAAGUUUUGCCAUCUCAAUCUCCUUGCCAAAUAUUGUCCAUGGCUUGGAAGCCAAAGCUGUGAUUGACUCUCCUCUAUUGACCGAAAAAAUCGGCACCAACCGGACAAUUAAGGUCGAUAUCAAUGGUAACGGGGAAUUCAAAUCCAUCCAAGCUGCAAUAGAUUCUGUUCAUGAAGAAAAUUCUCAGUGGAUCGUCAUCCAUGUUAGGAAAGGCAUAUACAGAGAGAAGGUGCAUAUCCCAGAGAACAAACCAUAUAUAUUUUUGAGAGGGAAUGGCAAAGGAAGGACUUACAUUGUGUGGUCACAAAGCUCAAGUGACAAUGUGGGAUCUGCAACGUUCAAGGUGGAAUCUCCCAACUUCAUUGCCUUUGGAGUUAGCUUCAAGAAUGAAGCGCCAACUGGGGUGGCAUAUACAUCUCAAAAUCAGUCAGUGGCAGCAUUUGUGGCAGCGGACGGCGUUGCAUUUUACCAUUGUGCAUUCUACAGCACUCACAACACUCUCUUUGAUUACAAAGGAAGGCAUUACUACGACAAUUGCUACAUCCAAGGCUCUGUUGACUUCAUCUUUGGUCGUGCUAGAUCUAUCUUCCAUAGCUGUGAGAUAUUUGUGGUAUCAGACAAGAGGUUAUCAAUUAGUGGGUCCAUCACAGCCCAUAAUAGGGAGAGCUCAGCAGAUGAGGGUGGGUUUGUUUUUGUCAAAGGCAAGGUUUAUGGAACUGAUGAUGUCUACUUGGGAAGAGCCAAAGGUCCCUAUUCAAGGACUGUUUUUGCCAAGACGUAUCUCUCCAAGACUAUUGUCCCACAUGGCUGGACCAACUGGAGCUGUGAGGGCAGCACAGAAAAUUUGUUCCAGGCAGAGUACAAGACGCACGGGCCGGGGUCGAAGUCCGACAAGCGUGCGUCGUGGUCGAAGCAGCUGACGAAGGAAGAGGUUGCCCCAUUCGUCUCCAUUGAUUUCAUUGAUGGCAAGCAAUGGCUUCCAGUUUGGCUUGAAGACGCUCUUGAUUCAUAAAGGAAAAAGUCAUAGGGCAAAAAAG